AUGACCACUCCAACAGCUUCCGUUCUACCUCCUGUGUUCAAUGGUGAACACUACCAUAUAUGGUCCAUCAAAAUGAAAGCGUACUUGAGGGGCCAAGGACUCUGGCAGUAUGUAGAAGAAGAGAAACAACUCCCUCAGUUGGGACCAAAUCCCACUCUCAACCAAAUUCGAAUGCAUGAAGAGGAAGCUUCAAAGGCUCCAAGAGCCUUGUCUCAUAUUCACUCAGCUGUCACAUACCUUGUUUUCACAAGGAUUAUGGCAUGCGAAACAGCCAAAGAGUCAUGGGACAAGUUGAAGGAGGAGUUCAUGGGAAGUGAUACUACAAGAAACAUGCAGGUUCUAAAUUUGAGAAGGGAGUUUGAAACAUUAAGAAUGCAGGAGGUUGAGAAAGUGAAGGAAUAUGUUGAUAGGUUGAUGAACAUUGUCAACAAAAUCAGAUUACUUGGAGUGGAGAUGUCAGAUAGCAGAAUAGUGGAGAAGGUGAUGGUGAGCUUGCCGAAAAGGUUUGAAACUAAGAUCGCAUCCUUGGAGGACUCAAAGGACCUGACUCAAAUGACAUUGACUGAGCUGGUCCAUGCUCUGCAGGCACAAGAGUAG